AUGGAGAUACACGAGCCGCUUAACGAGGAUGAUGUCUCUGCGGAAUGGGAGUUCGAGGACUCUGAGAACGAGGAGGAGGACAGCGAGGUCGAACCAGCAACUUCAGAAGACGAGGAUACGAAAGAAUCCGACGCGGAUUGUGUGUCGGUGGCUGCCGAGGUGACUUCAGCUGCUCUGCGUAAACUCACCGGCAACGCCUAUGUUGACGGGCUAAUUCGUGAGAGCGGGCUUCAUAUUAUCCGAGAUGGAGAAGUUAAGUUAGCAUUCAAAGAGCGCGGUGAGCUAGGAUUGUUUUCUCUUUUCUUCACUCGUGAAUUCCGUGACUCCUUGCAGACCUGUACCAACACAGUGCUGAAGGAGCAAGGCCAGGAUGAGGCCACAGUGUUUGAGAUUGAUGCUUAUAUCGGCUUAGAGAUUGCUAUGAGUAUCAUACCUCUAACUGAGAUCAAAGAGCUUUGGCCCCAAAAGCUUUUCCUAGGUCAAGCUGAUUUCGCAAAGACUAUGGCACGCAAUCGCUUCGAAAGUAUCCGAGCUUGUUUCCAACGCCAAGAGCAGGACCCGCUGUGGCACAGCAGACACGUGUUGACCCAAGUGCAACAGAAGUUCGCUGCUAUUGCUGUGCCGGUGGGUGCAGUAACCUUGGACGAGCUCGCAGUGCGAACAAAUGCCCUCUCCGGAGCCAAGACGUUUAUGCCGUCGAAGCCGGACAAAUAUGGUGUCCGCUUCUACGGCGUAUCGGGUUGGGAGAGUCUGUAUGCCUACUCAGUAUGGGAUAAUGGCUCUGGCGAAAGGACCCGUACCGUACCCGUGGAGCGCUACGUUGAUGUGUUUCCAUCACUUCGCACAGCGAUGUUUAGAACACUAGAACGUGCAGAUAUUCCUGUGAAGCGAAAGGAUGCAAGUGCUUUGUGGGUCGCAAUAAUAUCGCUUCAGGGCAAGUGGAUCAGCACGGAGCUAGAGGCAUCAAAAGCUCGAGUGGAUGUUGCUCCGCGUGGGUCUUGGGAGCUAGUCGCAGCGAUCGACGUGCCGACGGGCUGGGAGAAGCUACAGGACGCUCAGAAGCGUGCUCAGAAAAAGCUGCCUGAGCACCUGCAAACGUCCUACACACCACCUGAAGAUUGCGCACAAUGCGGGACCUUCCAAGUACCCGCCGCAGUUGUCGCCUACAACCUGUUCAUGAAUGGAGUUGACAGAGUGGAUCCGUUGAGAAGCACGAACCCGAUCAGAGGCAAAGAGAAGAGGUUGUCAAUGAGUAUCCUGACAUGGGCAAUUGAUUUAGCACUUAUCAAUGCUUUCGCACUCUUUCAGAAGGUCGCAGGACCCGGAGCGUCACGCGUGACGCUACGCGAAUUCAAGCGGCGUGUAGCCGAAAAGCUGACCGACGUUCAGCGCGCACGAAUGGAGAAGUCGCACCGGCAACAACCUGCGCCAACAGAGCCACUAAACCAAGUUUUAGGGGCCGAUGAUAGCUUGCACACUAUUACCCCAAACUCAAGGCAACAAUCGACUGGAAAACUUACAUGUUACUUGUGCUCGCUGAGAGGCUUCUCGAAGAAGGUCUUAUUUGGCUGCACAGGGUGCCACCGCGGGUUCCACGUCGCCUACUUCACAGCGUUUCACUAUCGAGAUGCGCUCACCUCAACCUCGCUCACUUUUCAUUCAGCGCUGGAUGCUUUGUGUGCUGCUGCGGCGGGGGAUGCCGUCGCACAAACUCGUCUGAAGAAGAACAAGACCAUAACAUAUCUCGAUCCGUUAGAGCUACCAUAG